AUGGACUGUCUCAAGCACCUACUGUUUCUGGCUGUGUGUUGCUGUAAGCUGCAGACCUCACACGCCAAGAAUGUCUACGUAUUUAAUGUUGAUGAACCAAAGGCGUGUGGUUCAGUAGCCAACAAGAUCACCGUGGCCGUUAACACCAGCAUCCAUGAGAUCGACGCCAGAUAUCUGAGUGUGGCUCUCGGCACCUCGCGGGCUACAGUCGACUUUCUGGGAUCGCAGAAAAUGAUCAACAUGGCAGCAGCACUGACACCCGUGGAACUCCGGCUGGGAGGGACCCCGGCAAACUUCAUGACCUAUGUCCCAGCUGCAAGCUCACACCAGACACCCAGCAGCUGUGACACUGACGCCGACAAUGUUGGUUACUCCGCGGAUGAAGAAUUUUUUUCCAUAACAGCAUCACAGUGGCUACAUUUCACGUCGUUCCUGAAGAAAGUCAACUGGGAUUUGCUAUUUGACGUCAACAACUUCAAAAGCACCGACAAUGGGACCUGGGAUCCAACCAACUUGGAGCAGCUUCUCAACGACUCCUCGGCUCAUGGGGUGCCUAUUGCUCACUUUCAACUGGGGAAUGGAGGAUACGAUGUUGUCGAUGAAAUCUGUCUUCAUCAUUACUACAUUGACGGACACGGUGCAACAGCUGAUCAGUUUACCAGUGUUACAAAUUUGGAUAAUCUAAAGACAAUGUACGAGGUUGUAGCACAGCUGACUAAUGCCACCCCUAGACCUAGGCCCGUGCAGCUGUCAGAGACAGCAUCAUCUUGGGCAGGGGGCACCACUGGUCUGUCGGAUGCUUACGUUGCCGGCUUCAUGUGGUUGGAUAAACUGGGACUGUCCGCCAAGUUGAAGGCCACAAGAAUUUUCCGUCAGUCUCUUGUGGGUGCAGCAUAUGCGCUUGUGACUUCCAGAUUUGACCCUAAUCCUGACUACUUCCUGUCUCUCGUCUUCAAAACGCUGGUGGAGGGACCUGUGUUUGACGUCACAGUGGAGACCAAGAACGACAAGCUGCGACUGUAUGCCAACUGUGCCAGUAACAAGAGAUACAGUCCAGGAGCUUUGGUCGUCUACUAUCUGAACGUGGCAGACACAGAUGCUGUCCUGUCCCUGUCCCAGUAUUCCGACGCUGACCUUGACCUCUACAAGCUAUCACCAGGAGACGAGGAUGGUCUAAAAUCCAAAUACGUAAAACUGAACGGCAACAAGCUAGUUCUGACCGGCGACCAGCUGCCUGAACUGACGGCCAAAGCCCACACAGGUGACGUCACUGUUGAAGCCAAGACGUUUGGCUUUAUAGUUGUCCCUUUAGCCGGUGUAGAAUUCUGUGUGAACUACUUCGCAAAGCUGGAUUCAAGAAGCCAGAACAAAUAA